CUUCGAGGGGGCCUGUCGGGAUGGUCCGUUUGUUUCAACUUCUAUUUUUCUUCUUUUUUUGGCAGCCAUAAAGAACCGCCAAACAGCAUCGUCAGUCGCGCUCAUCUUUUGUUUUUCCUUCCUUUUUAUUUUUUCCGUUUGUUAUGCUUCGCAACCCCGAUGCGGUCACUUCGAUGACGCGCCUGUCCGCCACCGCGCUGCUUCGCCGUGGCCUGCGCGUGCUGGUCCCGCUGUCCGCGUUGCUGACUGUGUAUCUGUACCUAUAUCCGGUCUUCAAGUCGUGCGCAUUCCCGCUUCCGCCGUCGUCGCUGCUGCCUGAGAACCAGGGUUCAGCCUUCCUCGAGACGGCCAAGGUGCAUUGGCACUCUGUUGCCGGCACUGGUGCGAACGCGACCGUGUUCGUCCCCUCGCACCCGCCAGCGCCAUUUCGCUUGCUCGCCCUCGGCGACCCGCAGCUCGAGGGCGACACCUCGAUUCCGACCGACUACCUUGGCGUCUUCCCGCACCUGACGAGCCUGUUGCGCCAUGUGACGUUCCGGUCGAGCGACUUGUCCCUGCGGCACCGCAUACGCCUGAGCCUCCACGACAUCAUCGACAUCUUCCUCGAGGAUACCUUCGACGCUCUCGAGUCGCUGCGCAAGCGUAUCGACCUCUUCGGCAACGACUUCUACCUUGCCCACAUCUACCGCACCGUGCAUUGGUGGACACGCCCGACGCACGUCGCUGUGCUGGGCGACCUGGUCGGCAGCCAAUGGCUCGAUGAAGACGAGUUCUACCGCCGCGCCGACCGCUACUGGAAGCGCGUGUUCCGCGGUGCCGAGCGCGUGCCGGACGAUCUAGCUGCGUACCCGGCCGACGAGUACGACCUGGCAGGCAAUCUCGGGGGCGGCCCCUUCAACGAGUCGACCGCUUGGACCCGCCGCAUCGUCAACGUGGCCGGCAACCACGACAUCGGCUACGCCGGCGACAUCACUGAGGAGAGGGUCGAGAGGUUCGAGCGCGCAUUCGGCAAACUCAACUACGAGCUCCGCUUCGAAUUGCCCCUCACAAAUUCCACGCUGGCCGAGACCGUCUUCGAAGCCGACGGCACUUCGGACCGCCUAGUCCCCGAGCUGCGCAUCGUCGUGCUCAACGACAUGAACCUCGACACGCCCGCGGCCUCCACCGCCCUGCAGGAUGACACCUACGCCUUCAUCAACAGCGUCAUCAACACAGCCGCAGCCGUCGAGUUCAAAGGCCACUUCACCCUUAUUCUGACCCACGUGCCACUGUACAAGCCUGAGGGCGUCUGCGUCGACGACCCCUUCUUCGACUUUCACGAGCACGACGGCAGCCUCAAGGAGCAGAACCAGCUCAGCGGCGCCGCCAGCAAGGGCUUCCUCGAGGGCAUCCUGGGCAUGUCGGGCAACACCAAGGCCCCCGGCCGUGGCCGGGGCCGGCGCGGCAUCAUUCUCAACGGCCACGACCACGAGGGCUGCGAUACGUGGCACUACAUCAACCAGUCGGUCGCGGACGCGGAGCAGCGGCAGUGGGAGGUGAAGCGCUGGCGGCAGGCAGUUGGGGCCGGCAUCGUCGGCCGCGACGAGCUGCCCGGCGUCAGGGAGAUCACGGUCCGCAGCAUGAUGGGCGACUUUGGCGGCAACGCGGGCCUUCUGAGCGUCUGGUUCGACGAGGCCAGCUGGGAGUGGAAGGCCGAGUAUGCCACGUGCCCGCUCGGGAAGCAGCACCUGUGGUGGGUCGUGCACAUCCUGGAUCUCGUUGUGGUUGUCGGCAUCUUGCUACUUGUCUUCACCGCGGUGCUGUCGGUUGCUGGCAUUGAUGUGGACAAGGCUGUGGAGGAGUCAAUAUUGCGGCUUUGCACGCUGCAGAGGAAGGUUGCCCAACCUUCCACGUCAGUAAGAGGGAGCGCACCGCCCAAGGACGGUGGCUCCGGAUCAUAAUGGGGCUGUCUGUUGUAACAAGCGGGCAGCCAGGCGGCUUAUCAAGACCCCUGGGAAGCUUCAAAUACCUCGGGCUAUUACAGAGUGCAAGCUUGAACGGCUGGGC